GUAGUCAACAAAAUUCAGAAAGCCUGUCUUGAAAUGAGAAACAAUCUGAAGGCAGCAAUGAGUGGAAUUGACUUCACUGGCGCUACAACAGACUGCUGGACAGCAUAUAGGCGUGGAUUUCUUGGCGUAACAGCGCAUUGGAUAGACCCUCUGAGUAUGACCAGACGGUGCACUGCCCUAGCCUGUAAACAGCUGAAUGGGCCCCACACUUUCUCUGCCCUUGCCAGUGCAUUGAAUGAAGUUCACAGUGAAUUCAACAUCCGGGACAAAAUCACGCGCACCACGACUGACAAUGGCUCCAACUUCUUAAAAGCUUUUAGGCUAUAUGGGCAGACUGAUGAAAACAACAACCUGGGUUCUAGUGUUGAGAGUGGUGAAGCCGAAGAUAACAAUGGUGAUUGGAAUGAUGAAGAACAGGAGAGUGAGGGUGUGGAGUUCGUCGAGGCUGGAGCGAUACUUGAUAAGGAUGACUGCCUGGAAUUCCAACUCCCCAGACACCAUUGCUGCGCUUGCCACCUUCUUAAUUUGUUGUCAACUGUUGAUGUCGAGGAGGCCAAUGUCAACAGCACCUACAAGCGGGUUUCACGCUCAGCCUUUUCGAAGUGUUGGGGACUUUGGAACAAAAGCACAAGAUCUACCACAGCAGCAGAGGUCAUCGAAAAAAAACUGCAAACUGCAGUUAUUGAGGCCAAUUGCAACAAGAUGGAAUUCCCUGUUCUUGGCGGUGGAGAGGAUCAUCAGAAUAACAAGGGAGCAAGGAGAAGGGGCCAUCACAGCUGUAUGCAGCGCACUGAAGAUAGCCAUGUUCACACCUGUUGAGCUUGCGUUCCUGGCUGAAUACACGAAGACCAUGACCCCGGUGGCGAAGGCCCUGGAUGUCUUGCAGGGAGAGACGAAUGUGCAGAUGGGCUGGUUGGUGCCAACGAUCACAAUACUCAAGAAUAAGCUCCAAAACCUCCGCAUUUCCUCCAAGUUCUGUAGGCCUUUAAUUGAUGCUCUACUAUCAGGCCUUGAGAAGCGAUUCGAACAAGUACUUACAGUACCAGAGCUGAUCACUGCUGCAAUUCUCGUGCCCAAAUUCAAGACAAGCUGGACAAGUGACGAUUACACCCUGAGACUCGGCCUUGACUACAUCAAAAGUCACUUGAAAGACCAAGCUGAGGAGAAUCAAGCUGAGAGCUCACCUUCUUCAGAGGAGGAGGACUUCUUUUCUUCAAUCAAACAGACCAGUUCCCAAGAAAAUGCCAAACAGUUGGAGACUUACCUUGGCUCCCCAGGUGAUACAAUGGAUGUACUUAAGUCUUUCCCAGCAAUUUGCAACCUUUCAUUGAGGCUUAACACAGCACUCCCAGCCUCAGCUGCAUGUGAGAGACUGUUUAGUGUAGCUGGACUGAUCUUCCGUCCAAAAAGGGCACGUAUUGAUCACAAGAACUUUGAGAACCAGCUUCUUUUGAGGCUUAACAGAGCAUUCUGGUAGUCUGAUGGGGUAUGCUGUCUUUCUUUCACUACUGGCGUACACACCCUCAUACAUAGUUCUUGAGUGUCCAGGUUUAUUGCCCAGUUUUUGAAGGGUUCUAUGGACCCCAUCAUUAAAUUGACAUAAUGUAUGUCAAUCUCUCUUAUACACACACACGCACCCUCUCGAAGGUGUCGCUAAAAGGUGAGGGUAUAGGACAAUGCCUAAUUCAUUUCUAAAUCCCUGCGCUGCUGCGAGGGCGCAACAGCAGACUCUAUAGGAUGCAAUGGAGAGGAAUAUGUUUAAUGCUGAUUUAAAGUUGGAGAGGGUGUUCACCUCUCAAGUGGGGUUUGUGGAGGGCACAGUAAGUCCUCACUAGCUGGGGACUUUGGCUUCCAUUGUUCUUUUUGAUUUUCUUGGAAGUUACUAACAGACCUGACAUACCCUGGGAACAAAGGAUAUUAAAGCAGUCAGGAACAAUUAAUUCCUGAACGUAUAUGUGAUGCCUUUUAGGGUUUUGCCUGUAGUGAGAGCUCAUUUUUACAUUUCAAUUUUGGUCUUGGUUGUCAGUUAUGACAAAGGGGAAAACAUGAGUUUAUAUUUUUCUCUUUCUUUGAGUUUUCAUGCAGCAGGAUUUGAACAUUUUUUGAUGGGACUAACAUACUCCUACUGUGUAUGCAAAAUUUUUGCACUCUCCUACUCUGUGCCAUUUUCAAAACUUGUGAGGUGUUCUUAAGGGAUUUGUAUGUAGUGAUAAGUUGGGAGCUCAUUUUAAAUUUCAGUUUUGGUCUUGAUUGUCAGCUAUGACAAAGGGGAAAUCAGAU